UACAACAUCAAGCGCUACCGGGGGCUGUUCAACGUGGACACCAGCGACGUGCUGGCCCGCCUCAUGCACGCCGUGCUGCUCUUCUUCCGCGGCGACUUCCUGGAGUAUGUGGAGGGCAACCCCGACCUGUACGGCCCCUUCUGGGUGGCCAGCACGCUCAUCUUUGUGACCGCAGCCACGGGCAACCUGGCCAGCUACAUCAACUACACGCAGCAGCACCCAGGCGAGUCCCAUGGCGGCUGGUAUUACGAUGUGGACAAGGUGGGCGCCUCGUUCGGCAUCUUCUACGGCUACCUGGGCAUCGUGGGCCUCGCGCUCUGGCUGGUGCUGCGCUGGUUCAAGGCGGGCGUGUCGCUGGCCUCCGUGUGGUGCACAUAUGGGUAUGCGCUGGCCGCCUUCAUCCCCAUCUGCAUCCUGUGCGUGAUCCCCGUGGACCUGGCGCGGUGGAUCGUGGUGGGGGUGGCCACCCUCACCUCGGGCACCUGCAUCAUGCUCAGCCUGCGCAGGCCCAUCCACGAGUCGCUGGGCGCCAAGGCGCUGCCGCUCUACUGCACCAUGAUUGCGCUACACGCGGGGCUGGGCCUCGCGCUGCGCGUCUACUUCUUUUCCUUUGCCAAGGUGUGA